AUGUUUAUAGGUUCGGAUGAAGAGACUCCUGCGGCGUGCACACCUGGGAAUAGGAGAACCCAUCAGAAUACUGCAAGGACUCAGUUUUCUGAUGUGUCCCUAACAAAAGUUGCGAAUAAGUUACGUGGUCUCCAACGUGAACUUCUUGAAUUUGAUUCGAGUGUACCGGAAAUUGUUAAUUUUUGUGUGGAUGGUAAACGAUUUUCAGUACAGCGUGAUGUUCUGCUUAAAGACCCACAAUCGGUUCUCUUUUUAAUGGCGACCAUGCAUUUUCGCCAGAAUAGUGGCAAAGACCAUGAGAAUGAUAUGAUUGAAAUCCCGUGUAGAGAUGCUGUUCUCUUUGGUAUGCUGCUAAACCUGCUGCGUGGUUACAAGAAUCCUAUUCCAGAAGCCUAUCAUGAAGCCUGUUGCGCAGAGGCACGUUUCUACGGUCUGCAGCAGUCGUGGGAAUCUCAUUACCCUGUUGCUGCUGCUGGUCCAUUCCGUCCACUAUCGUGCAGUGACAGACUGUUCUCAGAUGUAGUAUGCGCCGCAGCGAGUCCUUUCUAUUCGAGUGGACUACAUGUUAUUACAUUCGGCGUGGUGCGCUGUGAUACAGCAGCAGUUGGAGUUGUGGCAGAGGGCGCAUGUCUCUGCAGUAUGGAGAGCAUCGGUAGAUGUGAGGGACUAGCACUCUGUUGGAAUGAUGGAAGAGUAGCGCAUAACUUUGGGGCACUUGUUGCUGAAAAAACGGGUUACGCAUUUGCUCCCAAUGCGGUAAUUAAGGUAGAGUUGGACUGCGAAGAAAACAUUGUAAAGUGGACACUAUCGGGGGAUCAAUGCGUGGCAGUAGUGAGGCUACCACCGCAUACCUCCUAUGCAUUCGCGGCAGUUGCCGUAAAGUCAACAGAGGUACAGAUACUACGUGGAGAAUGA